UCUGUUCUUAUUCAUUUGAUUUCAUUUCGAAGGGAUGAAUCAAUGGAGUUAUUAGAAAACCGGUGAUCAUUUUUCAGUUUCAUUCAAUUCAAUUUCUGUGGAAAAAUCUCAAAGCUAAGAUGACGAAAAUAACAGUUGAGUGUUUCAUUGUGUUCUUGUGUGGAUUAGUUACUGCCGAUAAUGUUCCCGUUUUGAUUUGGGGUUCAAAUAUUAAAUACGAACCAACUAUUGCCUUGCAACACCUUCAUAGCAGUGAUUUCUACGAUAAAAUAAGCAAUGCAACAACACCAGAUACAAUUAUUGUUGUUGUUGGAGAAGAUGAGCUAUCAACGGAGGAUAUCACACAAUGUAAAACUGAAACUGGUUCAUGCUUCCCCGAAAUCCAACAGAUCGAAAACAAACAGUAUUUUGCUAGCGUUGAAGACCCUAUGCAGAUUUUGGAGCAUAAAGCAGGCCCGAAUUCGACUGAAGUUGAAUUUUUAGCAGAUGGUUCGUUGAAUAAAUCACUUGAUACUCUACAUGGCUAUGUGUUCGUUAAUUUCGAAAAUAAUGACAAGAUUAAAACAAGAUCCACGUUAUUCACACAUCACGACCGGUUGAUUACAAAUCUUUACAAGGAAUUGUCAUCGAAGGAUCGGAACGUUUUGGUAAUUUAUACGGGAAGGGGCUCCAGGACGUCAUGUUUUUAUGCUAAAAAAAAUGGAACAAUUUCUGGAAGAUACUGUCGAAACCCCCAUUUCCUGUUGUACUACUCUUAUUUCAACGUAUCGGAUGGUCUCCGUAACGUAACAGAAACGGUGGUUUUUGAUGUAGUCACAGCGAAAUAUACAAACGCUACACGAUCGAAUUCUAGUUCCACCGACGUGAGUGUGAAUGUUUUAAUGAUCGCAACCGAAAAGCGUAAUUGCUUCCAAUUUAAAAUUGUUGCCAAAAACAAUUACUGGUGGAUUGACGAGGCUAACUGGAAUAACCAAAGUCUAAUUCUGAGUAGACAAACAUCCAUCGCGUCCAAUUUCUCGUUCCAUUGUACGAAUUAUUUGAUCGAAUUCCCGAUGAAUAAAACGAUGCAAAUAACCUGGGCUGACCUACAACUGCAACCAAAUUUUAAUAGUAGUGCAAUAGAGCCAUUACUGAAAUUUAACGAUGUACAGGACUGUGUAUUCUUCAUUACUCCUGGCAUUUUAAGUGGUUUAUUCGUUGUAUGUCUGCUGCUACUCAUUUUAUUCAUUUCCAUUUCGUGUAUAUUAGACAUCAAUAUAAAUGAUCGUUUCGAUAAGUCACAACAUGUACUCACAUUUACUGUAAGUGAGUAAGUUAGAGAGUAUCUAGUAAGAGGAGAAAGUGAGCAUUUGAUAUUCUUGUUAUUAGUCUGUAGUACACUAGCACACAAACAUACUACUGCUUAAAUGUAACGCAAAUUAUGCAGAUGAUGAUCAGAUGUGGAACAGCUCAAUUAUAAUGUUGAAUCAUUCUUUUGUUCUUCCUGAUUUAUUCCACAAUUGAUCCAUCUAUUAUA